ACCACCGCCGCCGCCGCCGCCGCCGCCAUCCACGCCGGACCGCCAUUUCUCGCCGCGUCGCCGGAGCUCGCGAUGUCGUCUGCCACCCUCGAGAUCAAGCUUUCUCGGCCGAGCCGCAUCUAUCGCCCUUCCGAACCUCUCGAAGGCAAGAUCGUCGUGAAGUCCGCUUCCUCCAUCUCUCACCGCGGCGUCCGCCUCGCCGUCAACGGCUCCGUCAACAUGCAGGUUCGCGGAGGAACUGCAGGACUUAUCGAGUCGAUCGUUGGUGCUGUCAAGCCUGUCGUGAUCGUGAAUAGGAUAAUUGAAGUGACGCCUUCUGGGAGGAUUGCGCCAGGUACAACAGAGAUACCUUUUUCUGUAACUCUGAAACAAUCAGGAGAUGACACUCGUGAAAGAUUUUAUGAGACCUUUCAUGGAGCUAAUAUCAAUAUCCAGGGAAUGAAGUUCUGGAUCAUUAUUGUUCCGUGUUCAUCUUGGCCUGAAUCACCAUUAAGGCACAACGUGUCUGUCCAAAUAAAUGUAACAAGAGGGUAUCUGCACAAAUCCUUAUGUACCACAAUGGAGUUCAUUUUAGAAACUGAUAAGGCUGAGCUUCUUGAUCAACCAGCUUCUCCUGAGAUGGUUAUCUUUUACAUUACUCAGGAUACCCAAAGACAUCCAUUGCUUCCGGAGUUGAAAUCAGGUGGUUUUCGAGUGACUGGAAAGUUUUCUGUUCAGUGUGCUCUGCCGGAUCCAAUUAGUGGAGAGCUUAUUGUGGAAACAUCUGCAGUUCCAAUUCACUCUGUUGACAUACACAUACUUCGAAUUGAGUCGAUUCUUUUUGGAGAUAGAAUUGUGACUGAAACGUCCUUGGUACAAACAACUCAGAUAGCAGAUGGAGAUGUUUCUAGGCGUAUGAUGUUGCCCAUUUACGUUAUUCUUCCUCGCCUUUUAACUUGUCCAACGACCUUGGCUGGACCAUUUUCAAUCGAGUUCAAAGUUGCCAUAGUUAUUACCUUUCAGUCAGAGCUAUUGAAGAUGCAGGCCAAGUCUGAUCCCAGAACUCCUAGGCUGUGGAUGGCAAUGGAAACUCUACCACUUGAACUGGUUCGCACCAGAUGAGAAUUAGCGUGGAGGCAACAACUCAGACUUUAAUGUCUGUACUUUCUUCAGAGAAUUUUUUUGUAUCAGCAAUCAUUCGGGCAGUCGUUCACCGUUGAUUCAGAUUGUUGUCAUGCACGACUGUUGGUGGAAUCUGGUCACAAUCUUGAUGGCAAUGUCUGCACUGUCGAAAGGUUUUUUUACUACUGGAUAUAAACAGAAUGACGAAGUUUGUCAUGUUAUGUCCUCUUGGAUAUUUGGAGGCAACAACUCAGACUCUAAUGUCUGUCAUUCUUCGAAGUGUUGGAUUUUUACUGUUUUGGCCUUUCGGAAUGUUUAUUGUAGGUUGAUGACUGCUCGUCCAUAUGCUAAAGAAUUGUAGACCAUUUACCAUUUAUACUCGGAUUAGAUAGUACGUUUCAAGGUAAA